AUGUCUGCCUCUGACGAGGAGAACCCUUCCACUUCUGCACAGGCAGAAGCUACUGCUGAUGAGACCCCAAUCAACUCGCCAUCGCCGUCGCGCUCUCGCAGCGCUAGUCCAUCCCCUGGUCCCUCUAGUCCGACCGCUCGUUCCCCAUCCCCUGGCCCUUCUAGUCCAACUCCCGGUCCUUCGCGUCGAAACCUGAAAAAUGCCUUCAAGGCAUUUGACCCAGAAAGAAAAAAGAUUGACUAUGAGAAGCUGUCGUCGUUGUGCAGUGUUACGCCCAAGGCGGCCGGUAACCGCUGGGCUAACCUCCGCAACAAACAUGGGUUGUAG